AAAAAUGGAUAUACAAGAAAUACUAAAGAAACAAGAGGAAUCUAAGCAGAAUCAACUUAAACCAAAGUUCUUAUCAAAAUCACAAAGAGAAGCUUUAGCGUUAGAGAAACGUCAGAAUGAACAUUUAGAAAAGCAGAAGCAACUAGAAAAGCAGAGAAAGCAGAAGGAGGAUUUAGAUAGGAGGUUGAAUGGCGUAUCUUCAGAAGUCUCUACUUCAGAUGAACAGAAGGACGUAUCAAAGAAGAGAGAUCGCUCACGUUCACCUCAACCUGAGGAUCCCGAUAUGAAAGCCAUCAAAUCGAGGUAUUUAGGUGAGAAAGAGAAGCGUAAAAGGAAGACUAUAAAGAUUACAGACGCUAAACGAAUGAACUUUGAUUGGGAUGAGGAGGAAGAUACAGAAGCUAGCAUACCAACGGAUUAUAAACCACUUACACGUCCAAAAGAACAGUCAAAUGAACAACAGUUCGUAGAUCAUCUCGAAAUACGUCAAGCAAAAAGACAUGGAUAUGAUUCCCGCAACUGGCGUGAAAAGGAAUUAUCACAAAUGACAGAAAGAGACUGGAGAAUCGUUAAUGAGGACUUCAAUAUAAGCGCUAGAGGUGGUCAGAUACCACGUCCAUUGAGAAGCUGGGAAGAGAGUGCUAUACCUGCUGAAAUACUCGAUAUUAUAAAAGAAAUCGGUUACAAAGAGCCAUCGGCUAUACAAAGACAAGCUAUUCCGAUCGGAUUAAACAAUCGCGAUUUGAUUGGUAUAGCAGAAACAGGUAGUGGUAAAACGGCCUCUUUCGUUAUACCUAUGAUGAAUUACAUCAGUAAAUUGCAACCUAUUGGUGAACAUAACUAUCACCUAGGUCCAUACGCCUUAAUUUUAGCACCAACACGUGAACUAGCACAACAGAUUGAAUCAGAAACUAAAAAGUUCGCUCACCCAAUGAGCUUUAAUUGCUUGUCUUUAGUUGGUGGUAAAAGUCUUGAUGAGCAGUCCUUCAAUUUGCGAACAGGUGUUGAGAUAAUUAUAGCUACACCGGGUAGAUUGAAAGAUUUACUCGAGCGUUCUAUCAUCGUAUUAUCUCAAUGUAAUUACCUAGUAUUAGAUGAAGCCGAUCGAAUGGUAGCUAUGGGUUUCGAGCAAGAGUUAACAUUCAUACUAGAUCAAAUGGGUACUCCUGAGGAAAAUAUCCAACGACAAACAUUCUUAUACUCCGCAACUAUGCCAUCAGCCGUCGAAAAGAUUGCACGGAAGUAUCUUCGCAAACCAGCAACGAUCAACAUUGGUGGAGCAGGUCAAGCGGUUGAUACGGUUGAGCAAGUUGUAGAAUUAAUAGACAACGAAACAAAGAAAACGAAAAGACUUAUUGAUAUACUCAACAGCGAGAAAUAUGCACCACCAAUUAUUGUAUUUGUUAAUCAGAAGAGAAGCGCGGAUGUACUCGCAAAGGAACUCACGAGAGCUCGUUGGGAAUGCACCACGCUCCAUUCGGGCAAGACGCAAGACCAACGUGAAGAGGCUUUACAAUCAUUGCGUGAUGGCGUCGUAUCAGUAUUGGUCGCCACAGAUCUCGCUGGUAGAGGUAUAGAUGUUGCUGAUGUCUCCUUGGUAUGCAACUAUCACAUGGCUAAUAAUAUAGAAUCGUAUAUCCACAGAAUUGGUAGAACUGGUCGUGCUGGUAAGAAAGGAAAGGCUAUUACUUUCCUUACACCACACGCUGAUGAUGAAGUUAUGUACGAUCUCAAGCAGGAAUUAGACAAGAGUCCAAUUAGUCAAACACCACGCGAGCUCGCUACACAUGAAUUCGCUCAGAGAAGGAUAACGAGACAGAUGAAGAAGGAACAACAGAGAGAGAAGGAAGCGGCUGAGAUGGCCGUACCCUUGUCUAUGUUGUGAUGUCAUAUUAAUUUUGUAAUUUUUUAUCAUUAUUGAUUUCGUCAUAAAUGUAUCCU